AUGGCUUUCUCUAAUCCUCGACGUCCUCAGCCCGACCUCACAAACCAAAUGGCAAUGGCGAACAAUGCUACGUUGUCAUAUAUCAGAAAAUACGCCGGAGACAAAGUCUCCAACGACGAGAUUCCGCCUCGCACAGGAACGCCCCGACGCGCAGGCUCCGGCGCCGGUGCCAAUGCGGCAAAAAAUGAGGAACGAGGUUCUAAAAAAGCGGAAAGGCGCGGUCGACCCAAGAAAAUCAGCGACGACCUGAUUCAGAAGAUGAUUCAAAUGCUGGAGACCUCUUCGGGUGAAGUUUCGUGGGAGGAGCUGGGACAUGCGGUUGGCGUUGAGGGAGUCCAUCUCCAGACGAUACGCAAUUAUAUGGUCAGAGAGGGGUAUUGCAAGCGGAUCUCCUGCCAGCAAAAGUGGCUCACCCGCAAGAUCCGGGAGACGCGCAUGCAAUAUGCUCUCGCUCACCAGCAUUGGCAGAAUGAGUGGCGAUCGGUUCUCUUCAGCGAUGUAGUCAACUUCGGCCUGGGUGCCAGUCGUAAGGCCAGAGUCUUCAACCGGAAGGAUGAAAGACUCUGCGAGGACUGUCUGCAGUCCCGGGAAGAGGUCGACAAGUCUUUGUUCCACUGUUGGGCCAUGGUGGGCUACGAUUACAAAAGCCCGCUCGUCUUCUAUAAUACCAGCGGCACUGGCGGUGCGGUUCUUAGCCAACAAGAUUAUAUAACCCAGAUCCUGCGUCCUCAUGUUCAACCCAUUACGUCCACGAGGCGGGUGAUAUUCUUGGAAGAUGCAAAUGGAAUUUACGAACACCCGAGCAGUGGACGGAGUCUUGUGCAAGCCUAUAUGGAUUCCUUAAACCUCCCAUGCCUCCGCAAUCCUCAAGCCUCACCGGACCUCAAUAUCGUCAAGGAUGUAUUGCUGCUUCUCAAGAAACGGCUCCAGAAAAGGAUAAUAAACGAUGAGAUUCAGCUGAGAGCCGCAAUUUUGGAAGAAUGGGACAAAAUCACGACAAAGGAGAUCAACAAGUUGGUGGAUAGCAUGAAGAUGAGGAUGGAAAAAGUCCUCCUGAGGAAAGGAAUGCCGAUUUAG